AUGUGUGGUGAGAACAUGAAGCAGUUCCUUAAGGAGCUCCCCAAAUGUGAGCAUCACAUUCAUAUCGAGGGGUCUCUUUCUCCGGCUCUCUUAUUCGAACUCGCAAAAACGAACAACAUCGCCCUUCCGGACUCUGCGACUGAUGCUUCUUUCAAAUCCCCUGAAGCACUUGAGUCCCGCUACGAACGUUUUACUUCCCUAAACGACUUUCUCCAUUACUAUUACAUUGGCAUGUCAGUGUUGAUAAAUUCUGCGGACUACGAAAGCUUAGCCUACGAAUACCUUACCAAGGCCAAUCGUGACGGAGUUCACCAUGCUGAAAUUUUCUUCGACCCGCAAGCACACACUGAACGUGGAAUUGCAUACAGCACUGUUGUGGAGGGUCUUUCCGCUGGAUUGAAGCGCGCUGAGAAGGAUUACGGUAUCACCUCGAAACUCAUUCUAUGCUUCUUGCGACACUUAUCGGCUGGGGAUGCGAGCACUACAUAUCAGGAAGCCGUUUCUUUGGGUCACUUCUCAAGUGGAACUGUAGCUGCUAUCGGUCUUGAUAGUAGUGAGGUUGGAUUCCCACCAGAAAUUUUCAGAGACAUCUAUGAAUCUGCAGAGACGAAUGGAAUUCGUCGAACCGCCCAUGCUGGUGAGGAAGGUGACACUUCUUACAUUUCCAGAGCACUCGACAUCUGCAAAAUUGAAAGAAUCGAUCAUGGAAUUAGGUUGGCCGAAGAUGAAAAUUUGUUGAAGCGAGUGGCAGAGCAGGGGAUAAUGUUGACAAUCUGCCCACUUAGCAAUGUUCGCUUGAGGUGUGUUGAGAAUGUUGGACAAUUGCCAAUUCGAAAGUUCUUGGACGCAGGAAUCAAAUUCAGCAUCAACAGUGAUGACCCAGCUUACUUUGGUGGUUACAUUCUGGACAAUUAUGUUGCCGUUCAGGAAGCAUUUGGCUUGAAUUUGAAGGAGUGGAAAUAUAUUGCAACCAGCGCCAUCGAAGGAAGUUGGUGCGAUGAUGAGAGAAAGACUGUCCUGUUGAGCAAGGUUGACGCAUGUGUCAAUAAGUAUGCAGCAUUGAUCUGA